AUGCUCUAUUGGCCUUCAUUCUGUGAGUUUUUUUCCUAUUUAUAAAAAAUCGAGAAAAAAAAUAAUAAAAUGAACUUCUAUUAAAUUUGGAUAGGAAAGGAAUAUAUGAUGUAAUAAUAGGUCAAUGGAGCUGGCGUUUUACGAAUCAAUAAAGAAAAAACACAGAAACAAGAAGAAUAAAAAUUAUUGUCCGAAAAAAUUUAAAUUUAACAAAAAUUAAAAAAAAUUGAAAAUUUUAUUUGCGCGUAAAAGUACACACUUGCGUCGCUGUCGUCACGAAGAGCGUAAACUGGAGUCUUGUCGUGGUAAUUUCAAUCGAUAAAAAAAAAUCUGAUUUCAAAAAUUUGGCAUGUUCUAAAACACGAGCGGUUGUGGGGCACGAGCGGCACGACCGUUACUAAAUCACGAGCGGUUUCAUUUUCGCUCCUUCGCGAACGCUUCUAAAUCACGAGCGUUUUUGGCUUAUCGUUCUGUUCGAGCGUUUCUAAACCGCGAGCGUUUCAUUUUAAUCAUUUUCUUUAUUACCAUCCAAGUGUGUUUUUUUUUUCAUAUUUCUACCUUCUUUUUCUCCUUGAAUAAAAAUUUUGACGAUCUUAUAUGCACAUUUUUUCGCUCAAUUUGUUGAUUGAUUCACAUUUGAGGUUCAUAUAAUGGAUUUUUUCUAAGUUUUUUUGCGGUCUCUAUAAUUUCACAGAAAAAUUUUGAGAGAAAGUAUUAGAAAAAAAAAUUUGCUAUACGCAAAAUUUGAGAAAUAUUGACUUUCAUGCGAGACGUCUGUGAAAUAUUAGUUUAUCAUACGCAAAAUCUGUGAAAUAUUGAAUAUGAAAAUCAGAUGAAAUUAUUAGAAAAAAAAAUUUGCCAUACGCAGAAUCUGUGAAAUUAUAGAGACCGCAAAAAAACUUAGAAAAAAUCCAUUAUAUGAACCUCAAAUGUGAAUCAAUUAACAAAUUGAGCGAAAAAAUGUGCAUAUAAGAUCGUCAAAAUUUUUAUUCCAGGAGAAAAAGAAGGUAGAAAUAUGAAAAAAACACACUUGGAUGGUAAUAAAGAAAAUGAUUAAAAUGAAACGCUCGCGGUUUAGAAACGCUCGAACAGAACGAUAAGCCAAAAACGCUCGUGAUUUAGAAGCGUUCGCGAAGGAGCGAAAAUGAAACCGCUCGUGAUUUAGUAACGGUCGUGCCGCUCGUGCCCCACAACCGCUCGUGUUUUAGAACAUGCCCAAAAAUUUUCCUUUUUUCGUUAUUUCUAUUUUGAAACAAGUGCUUCUCAGAUUUAUCUGUUCUAUCGCUACCAUUUCUCAUCACUGGUUUGGAAAAAUUCGUGGAUGAGAACACAGUUGGCCUCAAGAAUGAGUUUGUUGGUUGAAUUUUGAUUUUUCAUAAGAAAGAAGCAUUUUUUCAGGAUGACGUUUGUUUAAGCGUGAAAUUCCGAGUAGAAAUACUUAAUCUUCAGUUCAACAACACCGCAGCAGUACCUGUACGCCUUUAUUGAUGAAAAAAAAACGAUUUAGAAAUUUGCAGUUUGAUUUGGCCGAAGGAAAUGUGACGGGAAAAUGUGCGCGAGAAAGUCGAAGCAGCGCAAUUUUGUCUUCCACUAUUUCCCACGACGAAAGAACGAAAAAGCUCAAGUUCAUCUUUGGAAUCGUGAGUUUCACCUAUUUUUAUCAUUUUUUUCGAUAAAUAAAUAUUUUUUUCAGAAAGAGAUGCGAGUGAAGAAAGUGGAUGAGUUGCGUUGGCAACUUCGGAAAAUUGUCUACUCUGAGACAUUCGAAGGUUAGAAAGUCGAUUGAUUUCAUAAAAAAAAAAGUUUCUCAGGAGACUCUGCGGUAUUUGAAUCCGACAAUUCAUCAGUCAUUUUUUCUGCCCCGUUAAAUCAAAAAUACGUUUGCAAGGACCGUAUCAAUGUAACGUUGCGCAGUGACGAAUUCAAGUAA